AUGGUCACCGCUCCGCCAACCGCCUCAACGUCAAAGUUGAAAAUCCUCUGCUUGCACGGGUACCGCCAAAACGAUGUGUUUUUCCGGGAAAAGACGGGCGGAAUGAGGAAGAUGUUCAAGAAAUUCGCCGAUUUUCAUUUCGUCAACGCUCCCCACGUGCCGAGUGUCACUUCGGAAGAUCGGGGAGAGGUUCGCGGCUGGUGGUUCUCCCGCCCAGAUGACCAUUUCUCGUCAAAAGACGUCACCGACCUAUUCACGGGCUUCGACCAAUCCGUGCAACUCAUCCUCGACACCAUCGCCAACGAUGGCCCAUUUGACGGGGUUCUCGGUUUCUCGCAAGGCGCCUCAAUGCUCCAUCUACUGCUAGCGAAAGCUCAACUCGGAGAAAUCUCACUACCGAUCGACUUCGUCAUCUUGGCUUCGGGCUUUAAAAGCCUGUCUACACAACACAAAGCCUAUUUGGAUGUGAAAAUAGAGAAACCGUCACUUCACAUGUACGGGAUCGGAGACGAGGUUGUUGCUUACACAAUCAGCGAGAAAUUGGCGGAGAAUUUUGAAGAACCGACAAAAAUCGUGCACGAUGGAGGACAUUUCAUCCCGCCCAUGUCAAAAUACAAAACCAAAUUCGCAGAAUUUUUGGAGAAACAGUUGGAACGGAAGCUUGAA